AUGCGUCGCACAAAAAGCCACGACGUCACGACCAAGUUCGCCAAUGUCACGUUCCCGUCGAUCCAAGUUGAUGCAAACCUGUACCAUAUCAAGCUGACGUCGACCCAGGACAGCAUUGUCCCCGUCUCCAUCGACCUCUACUCGGUGUACUCUCAUACCACCUGGCGAUGCGACGUCCAAGACUUUGCAGACCAUGCGACGCCCCCCGCUCCCUCAGCUAUCCCCCCUCGGGCAAUCCUCCACGCGUUGGACGGCGCGCUUUGUGCGUUGGCGACGCAAGUACUUGGUCGAAAGCGAGCGGGGGGGGGCAAUGGGUUUCGAAGCAGCAUUGAGCUGACCAACCUCGGUCACGACCUCUUGCGCUUGACCAUGGCCAUGGCCGCGGUGGGAUCCCUAACAUCAUCGGCCACAGGGAAGAAGAAGUCACGGACGGGCGAACGCGAAACGGGGCCUCGGCCGUGCUGGUUUGCGUUUUAUUUGAUGCCGUUGUGGACGACGGCGCAACCCCCCCGCCCUCGACAAGGCUCCGUCCUGUUUGUAGCCACCACAAAAUGGACGCGAUACCCUGCCCCCGUCGAGUGGGACCUCCACACGAUCCCGUGGGCGCGCUUUACGCUCAAGAAGAACACCAAGGCGAUUGUCGUUCUCCACGCAGGACACUACCAAGUCACUGUGCUGUCGAUGGUUCCAGACACUUCAGUGCAGAUGAAAUUGCGAUUGAACGGAGUCACGGUCAAGCCUGCACCUAGUCAGUAUUUCCCCCAGUACAGCGUCCUCACGCUCCACAGUCGGGUGCGGUCGCACGGCCCCGUCGCCAUGUACCUGCAGGUGUUGACCGACCAAGUGUUUAUUUAA